AUGAAAUCUGCUCUCUUAGGUUACACUGGAUUCGUCGGAUCCAACAUUCAUGCCAAAUCCGAAUCUACUUUUCAAGACGUUUACAAUUCAAAGAAUUUAAAAGAAUUAAAAGGAAAGGAAUAUGAUUUGAUUGUGAGUGCUGCAUGUCCUGCAAAGAAAUGGAUUGCCAAUAAGGAACCUGAACAAGAUUUGCAAGCCAUCAAUGAUAUCAUUUCAUGUCUUGAUGGAGUCAAAUGUCAAACUUUUGUGUUGAUUUCAACCAUUGAUGUGUAUCCAGUGUUGAGUGACAAGGAUGAAGAUUUUGAUUGUUCUACUCUUGAUAAUCAUGCCUAUGGAAAGAAUAGAUUGUAUUUGGAAAAGUGGGUGGCAUCCAAGUUUGAAAAUCAUGUCAUUUUGAGAUUGCCAGCAUUGUUUGGUCCAAAUUUGGCAAAGAAUUAUAUUUAUGAUUUAAUGCAUGAUAAUAACUUGAAUCAAAUCAAUCCUAAUACGAGCUUCCAAUGGUACAAUGUUGAGAGAUUGUAUGAUGACAUUCAAACAGUGUUGAAAUACAAUAAGCAACAUCAAGGAUCUGAGAUUCGAGUGGUCAACAUGUUCCCUCAACCUCUUCAUACCUCUGCCUUUGUGAAGGCUCUCUUUUCGGAAAAGGCUGAUAAGCUUAAGAAUCCAAUGAACGAGAAUGUGAUUGAUUUUUCUUAUAAUUUAAAGACCAAACAUGCCAAGCUUUUUGGAAGUGAUGUUGAUGGCUACAUUGAUAAUGCGAGCAAUGUUUUGAACCAAAUCGUUAAUUAUGUCAAUAACGAGAAAUCCAAGAACAAGCAAUAG